GCGGGGCUCUGGGGGCCCGGCCCGGCCGCGCGCGGCAGCCUCGCGUGCCUCUCCGCGGUGAACCCUCCGCGACGAGAGCGGCUCUCGAGCCCUCAGGGCGCGCCCCCCCCCCCCCCCCCCCGCUUCUUGCGGUAACGCCCCCGUCACCGGUAUUUGGCGCCGCGUCCCUUCGCAGCCGGUGCGUGGCUGCUCUCCGCAUCUCGACGGCGGCCCGGCCGGGGCUUAAGCCCCGGUGCUCCCGAAAAGGCUUCAUCCUGCCAGCUCUGCCCGCUUCUUGCCCUCUGCCUCGUGCAGGAGGAGGCGCCGGUGAUCCUGAGUCCCCAACCCUACGAAGGCUUCUGUCCGUGAUCAUCUCUGUAUCCUGAGUAAGACUGUUAAUUUCGUUAUCUCACUAAGUAUUAGCCAUAUCCUGAUAUGCUGUGCCCCCAGAAAAGCUACCUUUAAACAUGUUUGCAGAACUGUGGGAGUUGACACAGUGAAUUUUGCACAAGACGGCUUCUGGAACUACUGCAAAAUUUCUUUUUUUAAUUCCUCCUAUAUUCACUAUCUAACAGCUUCUGACGACUAAAGAAUUUGUGAAGACAGAAAAACUCAGAAAAUACAGAGGAAUAAUACUGGCUACUGAUGCUUAGCUUGGUGACUUCUUGGCUCCCAGUGGAGAGACUUCUCAGGUGGAGUCUUAGUUCUACACAGAGCCUCCCUUAUAUGCAGGACAGAAAAGGACGGUACAUGCCUCUUGCAGCUUGGCUUCCAGCACCAGAGGAAGAUUACAGUAUUUUGGCUGGAGUGCUCAGCUUCAUGACUUCAUUUUGUUCUUCACAACUUGGAGAGAUAUGAAGCCAGUUGGAAAAGUGCUUUGUGCUACAGGGAUCAUAGCUGGGGUCCUAGUUUUCUUCUGGAAAGACUCUUUUAACCCAGAAAGCUUGUCUGGUGCCCGCGUUCUCUUGACUGGAGCCAGUGCUGGGAUUGGAGAGCAGAUGGCAUAUCAUUAUGCCAGAUUUGGUGCUGAAAUUGUUUUGACCGCUAGGAGGGAAGCUGUGCUGCAGAAGGUGGUGGAGAAAUGCCUGACCCUUGGAGCAAAGAAAAUAUUUUAUAUCCCUGCAGAUAUGUCUUCCCCUUCAGAGCCUGAAAAGGUGGUUCAGUUUGCUGUUCAAAAGCUGGGGGGACUGGAUUACGUGGUGUUGAACCACAUUGGCAUGACCCGUUUCCAGAUGUGGGAUGGAGAUGUGGAAUACACUCGCUGGCUUAUGCAGGUGAAUUUCUUCAGUUACGUGGCACUCACAACAGCAGCUCUUCCCACCCUAGAGAGGGAUAAAGGCUCUCUGGUCGUUGUUUCUUCCCUCAUAGGGAAGAUACCCACUCCUUUUACCACUUCUUAUUCUGCCACCAAGUUUGCCCUGGAUGGAUUCUUCAGCUCACUGCGCCAUGAACUUGUCAUGCAGAAGAGAAACAUCUCUAUCACACUCUGCAUCCUGGGCCUGAUUGAUACUGAUACAGCAUUAGAGAAUAUCAGGGGCAAAGUGCUGCACCUUACUGCUUCUCCUGCUCCUGAAGCUGCACUCGCCAUCAUCUCGGGGGGUGCCACACAGGUGCAGGAGGUUUUCUACCCAUGGUGGCUGCGGCACGUAUGCUACCUCUGGGUUUUGUUCCCCUGUGACCGCGACCAGGUUUUACGGAGUUACUAUAACUACAGCAGUCUUUAAGGGAUGCCCAGUCUCAGUCUCUUCUGCCAUCCUAUAUCCCUUCUAAUCACAUUCCCCCUGUCCCACCAAGCAUCUCAUUCAACCAUUGGUGUCAAGCGGGAGCAGGGCAGCAGUGGUGGCAAAGUACCCUUAGGUUUUUUCAUAAGACUCUUGGUCUCCCGCUCAUCCUGCUUCAGCCACAGUUCUGACAUUUCUACCUGUCAGUCAGAGAUCUUUCCCGCUGCUCACUCUGUUUUGGCCCUCCACCCAUCUCUCUUUCUUCAGCCUCAUCUGUCCACUUUUACUGACCCCAGUCUUCCCUCAGCUCCAGCUUUAACCUCUGUCCAUUCAUGAUGUCCUGGAAUGUCUGUCCAUUCCUGGGACAUCCUGUUCCACUGCUUCAUGGGUUUGUGGAUGCUUCCUAUUAAUAGAAUUUUAAUCGCUAUUUUAAUUAAACUAAUUUGUUUAAUGUGUCGGUGUUACAUGUUGAUGCUUCCUCUGUGAAGGAAGGCUACUGACCUGGCUUCUGUGAGCACAGGCCUGAGGGUAGAUGUUUGGUGACUGCACAGGACCUAUUAAAUCAGUUCUUCCUUGCUGUAAAUGCCUCGUUGGGUGCAAGGCUCCUGCACUGAACAGGAGAAAGAAUGCAGAGAAAGAACAUGCAUGCCUUAACAUGUUAUUCCUAUGGAUGUGUCAUGGCUUGUAAGUUCUAGCUGCUAGGAAAAAGCAGUUUCUGCUUGAAUCCUCCUGGGCUGGAGUAAAAGAUCCUAUGUGGGCUCCUUGGUGGCUGAGAGGAUGGUUAUUUUGUGUUUUGUUCCUGUCCACAGUGCAUGAAUCCAGGAACUCUAAGUAGCUUUGAAAGCUGAACAUUUUGUAGAAACUGGUUGACAGCUUUGGAAUUUAUUGGAUCAGUCAGGUAUUGCUUAAAACCCAGGCUUAUCUAGGGGAUACAGAACUAAAAUGGAGUGUGCAGACCCUUGCCAAUCGCAAUCUUUCAUUAGUCGUAGCUGGUCUUCUCCAAGGCGAGAAGAGAAGCAAGUUAAGGGGUAAAUUCUAGCCAGUGAGAGGUAGCUUCCUGGUAAAGGGUCACUCCACGCCCCCCCUUCGCUCUGUUGACAGCUAGGUGCUAGACUAAGUGCACUAUUGUUCUGAGCUAAAUAUAAAAAUAUAUGUGCCUGCAAGAGAUGUCACUGCAGCUGGAUUUCUUAUUCUUGUUACUGGGAAUGCUGUGUGGCACUUUUAGUCGCAAGUACAUUUUAUUCAGCGCUAGCUGAGCGUUUUCCUGCCUCUCUCCUUGCCAUUGGCUGGAUUUUGACAUGACAAAGCUUUCUAUGGAGCUGCGUGGCAAUAAGAACUCAUCACAAUUCACAAACUCUGGAGUUUGAACGCACCCCUUCUAAAACACACACCUGCUUGCUUCUCAUGACAGUUUGCAGUAUACACCUUGGCUUAAUCACUGCAGAGUUGUGUUGGUGCGGGGGCAAGAAGGCAUCAAAAGUUCAGGUAGGCCUAAUUUUCAUUCUCUGCUCAUACUCUGCUUUUCUCCAGCACCAUUAGACAGGGGUUUCAAGGCAGAAGAAAAGCCCAGGGAAACUGGUGCUUUUAUAGAAGGGCAGGCUGACCAAUGGGCAUAGCAAAUGGAGUUGCUUCUCUACCAACCCCAAGCAUGUUCCUCAGUGUCAGGGUAGAGAUGAGGAGCCUGCGCAUUUGCUUUCCCUUUACCUCGUUCUGUGUGUAGCGCCAGAUGGGCUGGGCUCUGGCUCUCGACUGAUUGAUUUCCGUCAAGGUGCUGUUGAGAGAACCAGUUUUGUUCUCUCGGGUGUGAGCAGAGUACACAGGCGUUCUUAAACAACAUCUGGAAUCUGCACACAAGAGCUGUGACUGGUUUGUGUUUCGCUCUGCUGGGGCUUGGCUGCUGACCCCAAUUUGUUGCCACUGGGCUAUCUAACAAACGUGCAUUUUGGGGAUCGUAUGCCGAAGACUGGAACAAAAAUCCACAGAUGGCCUUCUUAGAGACACAGGGACGCUGUGUGGUGGUCAGAGUAAGGCAGGGCUGUAUUCUGUAGGACUUAGGCGCUGUCAUACCUCCCCCUGUGAAAUGCUUUUUAACUGACUGCACAGAUGAUUUGCUAAAUGGAAGCAGACUUUCCUCGCCCCAGGCCUUUGGCGAGUGUCUUCAAAUGCAGGCAUUAUCUAAAAGCAGCUGCAACUAAUACAUGAAGUAAAACCCCAGUUACUUAGCAA